GUGAGAACAGAGAAGAGGACGUUGUUAGGUUAGUGCUGGUAUCAAAUGCCAAGAAACUUCUAAAGUUUGUGAUUUGUUUAUAACAAAUAAAAUGCCACCCAAAUUUAAAUUUCAAGAAGGCGAGAAGGUGUUGUGCUUCCACGGGCCACUCAUCUACGAAGCCAAAUGCCUCAAAUCCACUACCACCAAAGAGAAACAAGUCAGAUAUUUCAUUCACUAUGCCGGAUGGAAUAAGAAUUGGGACGAAUGGGUGCCCGAAAGCCGUGUUCUAAAGUACAAUGAGGCAAAUGUGGCUCGUCAGAAAGAAGUCCAGAAAGCUCACUUGGCUCAGGGCAAACAGAAGAAAACCAGUAAGAAAAACUCAAUAUCUAAAACGGAUUCUGUGAAGGAUUCGGACUCCAGAGCCAGUACCCCUGUGUCUGAUAUCACGAAAGGGGGCAAAACUAGCAAACGGGACAUUACCACUCCCUCCAGUGGACCGGAAUCCAGCUCUGAUGCUCCUCGCAAAAAGAGAGCCAAACUUGAUUCAACAGUGGAGUCCGAGGAUACGUUCCAAAGUAAAGUCGAAAUUAGGAUAAAGCUGCCUGAUGAGUUAAAACCGUGGCUAGUUGAUGACUGGGACUUAAUCACACGGCAAAAGAAACUAGUUAAUUUACCUGCAAAAAUCACCGUUGACCAAAUUCUGGAAAACUAUCUGACCUACAAGAAGUCAAUCAAAUCAAACAACACCAGUAAAGAAAGUGCCACUAUUGAAACAGUUAGAGGAAUUAAGGAGUACUUCAAUGUUACUCUCGGAACUCAACUUUUAUAUAAAUUCGAACGCCCGCAGUAUGCAGAUAUUCUACAGGAGCAUCCGGGCAAGCCUAUGUCAGAGAUUUAUGGGGCCAUUCAUCUUUUACGGCUCUUUGUCCGGCUCGGUUCCAUGUUAGCUUACACUCCACUAGAUGAAAAAAGUAUACAAAUUCUGCUACAAAACAUCCAGGACUUCCUCAAAUACACAAUAAAAAAUGCCGCACAAUUGUUUAAUCUGCAAGAUUAUGGUAAUGCCUCGCCGGAGUAUCAUCGGAAAGCUCUAUGAUAUAUGGAAAAUGACAGUGAGCUCUCUCGCAGUUCUAGGAGUACUAAUAGUGAUUGAAUUAUAUGAAUUACAAAAAGUGUUAGGACUUGAGCUAAUCCUGAAUAAGCGGUCUGUUUAAUCAUCUAAAGUUUUUACUUUAAUUGAAGAUAAUAAAAGUAUGUGCUUUCGAUGAAAGGUAUUGACGUUAAAUUAUUUCCGUGAGUACUCAAUAGUAGCCGACUAUUUGUUAAUUGAUAAAAUGUUCUUAAAGAUUGCAAUCGGGAUGGCUUCCAAGAUGUUUUCGUUUUAUUUUGAAGUAUGAAAAAUUGUUUCUUAGUGCUAAGCAUAUAAAUAAUGAGGCUAUUGCAUUGUAAUUUUCAAUGAUUUCAAUACGACUAAUCAUCUGCUUAAAUGCGCAGAUUUAAGGUAAUUUAGUAGAGUUGCUAAAUAAGUUUACUUUGUGUAAAAAGUGGCAUACAUUUUUCAUGUAAUUUUGCCUCUAUGCGAAAGUUUCACAGUGUAAAUAAAUUAAACUUUAGUACUCGAUGUUGUGCAUUUAAUGCAGUGCGGGUAAGGAACUGAACGGGUAAUUCAUCAACACAUCUAUUUACACUUUUUGAACGCUAUAAAACUUUUUAAAUCCCAGUGCUUUACAUGCUACGAACCUUCUUCUUUUCUCUGUAUACGCAUUCUUGUUGGACUGGAAAAAAAAUUAUUUCACUUUAACUAGGCUCUGCUUGAAGUGUCUGGUUCGCGUUUUAGUAGGGAAUGCUUCAUUAUCUAAGUGCAGGAGUUAUUUUUGUAUGUUUUCCAAUAGAAAAAUUGACUGAAAUUUAUAUUUUUGCAAUAGCUAUUAGCUGUAUAAAAUUAUUAUUUAUAUUUUACCAUUAAAUUAUUGCUUACGUAUA